CGAACUAGCAAGCAUGUAUCGGUCGUUACUUUUUCUUGCGCUUGUCACCAGACUCGUUCAAUUUUGUCUCAGUCAGGAUAGUGAAUUGAUACCCGGACCGGCAGAGGUAGCCUCGGAAGUGAAUUCAAAUAUAGAUCCAAAAUCUGAUCUGUCACCGGAUGAAUUCCUUAGAAGAGGCAAACAAUAUUUCAUACAUUGUUCGGAAAAGGUUGGAUUCUUCUCGGCAUGGCGUAGCUGCAACGAUCUAGGAUUGGAAUUAGCGGCGGUAGUUUCUGAGAAAGAUAAUCAGCUGCUGGCUGAAAAAGCGGCACACGUGCAUCAGGAGCUUUGGUUGAGUGGAACAAAUCUCGGCAGAAGAGGCGACUGGAUUUGGUUGGUCAGCCGUCGCCAAGUCGGUUGGGGAAACGAUUACCUCAAGUGGGCACCGGGACAACCACAGGGCGCUGAUAAAUGUAUGCUAGUUUCAGUAAACAGUCAGGGCGGUAUUUGGAAAGCUGCGGAUUGCCAUGAACAUCACUGUUUUGUCUGCCAAAAGUAUCUUACCUAGGUGACAAAUCGAAUCAAAUUUUUGAUUAAAGCACAAAUAAAGCUCA